UUUAUUUUGAUAAUUAUUAUUUGAGUACAAAGUCCACUUAGCAAAGCUCUUAUUACUUGUACUUCCUUUCAUUAAUGAGUUUCGGUUUAGUGUCGCACCAAAACAUAACUCAUUCAUGACAGUCCAUUAUAUGUGUGACUUACAUCUCGGCAAUAAUGUUAAAGUUUAUGUAAUCAAGCUGUUAUAAUGUCUUCCUCUUGAUCCUCUUCAAUGGCCCGAGGAACUGCCAAACGCCAUUGAUUGUUUACUUUCCUGGUUUGUAAACUGAGUCGUAUGGUCUUCCAAUAAAGUUUGUUUUCGAUUGCUCUCUUUAGUUUACACGUGUGCGAGUAAAUAAAUCCGGCAAGUUUAAUGCAAAACUUUUGGUUUACGCUUUAUGGUAAAUAUUUGGUGUACGUCGUAUAACUGUUUUAUAGUUCUAGUAAAAUGUUUGGUUUAAUUGUGCUAGGUCAAGAGCGGGCGUUCGACAGGCGUCCUUGCGACGGGUAAAUAUUAUUGUCUAAGCGGGUUUUCCGCUGCUUGGGUGUUUGUAUGAGUUUGUGGAUGAUACAGACGGGGAUCCGCCAGAGCAAUGACCGCACGCACAUACGUGCCCACACACCCUGUCUCACCAGCCACCGCGCCUCCACCAGCCACCAGGCCUCAUAGCCAUAGCGCCCAGGUGCUCUCAGCAAUACUGCUGAAAUGUUAUACUUACACAAAUAAGCCACUACGAAAAGUAUUCAAGUUCAACUUUACUUGGCUUCGUAUUAAGAAAAGUUUUCCUAAAAUUAUUUCGUUGCUCAACCCAGUUAAAACGUUAAGGCCCAGAUUACUUAGUAGUUACUAGGGCUAAAGCUUCAGUUAGGUGUGAGAGUUUGCGCGCGUCGGUAAGCUUCGGUUCGACGAGACGCUGGAGAGCAGAGGCGGACGUGGGAGUGGUGACGCGCGGUGGGGCGGGGCUGGGCGGCGCGGCGCGGCUCCGGAGGCGGCGCGCGCGCACUGUGAGCUCGCCCGCGCGCCGACGCACACGCGCUGCACGCAUGAAGACCGAGGACCAAACCACCGAGGAGGCGGCGCGCCGCGCGCCUGCCACGCGACGCCAGGAGAAACCACCCUUCUCCUACAUCGCUCUCAUAGUGAUGGCCAUCCGACACUCGCCCAACAAGAGGCUGACGCUCAGCGAAAUCUAUGCGUUCCUCCAGCAACAGUUUCCAUUCUUCCGCAGCUCCUACCAGGGCUGGAAGAAUUCCGUUCGCCACAAUCUAAGUUUAAACGAAUGUUUCGUGAAGUUGCCCAAGGGGCUCGGUAGGCCGGGGAAGGGUCACUACUGGACGAUCGAUCCGUCGUCGGAGUUCAUGUUCGAGGAGGGUUCGUUCAGGCGGCGACCGCGCGGGUUCCGUCGGAAGUGCCAGGCGUUGAAGCCGCAGUUCGGGAGCGGGAGCUACCUGUGCGGGGGCGGCGUGGCGGCGCUGCCUCCGUCGCAGCCGCCGGGCUACGAGCUGGCCGGGGGCAGCGGCGCCGGCGCGGGCGGCAGCGGGUCGCUGGAGUACGGCGCGUGCGCGUACUCGCACGCGAGCUCGGGCCAGCAGCUGGCGUACGGCGGCGAGUACUGCGCGUACGGCGCCAUCAACGAGCGCGAGUGGCCGCUGCCGUACGGCGCCGUGGAGGGGGGCUACCGGCCGCCGCCCGUGUCGCCGCCGCCGCACCACGACCUGCCGGACCUCAUCCCCAACUACCAGUAUGCUGUAGCCAAUGAACAUGGCUCAGCUCCCAUGUUCGCCGGCAUGAGGGGGGUGCACGGCCAGAUGCUGAGUGGAGGGUCCUCCAUCACCGGCCUUGGAGGCUUCGGGCUGUCAUCAUCACUCCCAGCCCUCCCGGCUGACAGAUCCAAGGUCUACUCAUCACCACCACCGACGCCCUUACCUACUCUGCCUUCACCAGCCUCGGUACCUACGCCCGGUCCACCUCCUUCGUCUUAUUACCAAUAAUUUUAUUUUUUUACUUCUUUAUGGAUAUUUUAUCACCGAUAGUGUGAACUUUUGUAAAGGUAUGAGAUUGUCUAACCGUCAGUUGCACAAAGUUACAGCUUCUUUAAAUCUAUUGCUGACUCUUUCUUUGGCAACAAGAUAAAAAGUGUUAGCAAUAGAUUUAAUGAAGCUUUAUCUUUAAUGGAGCUUUGAACAACUGACGGUAAAACGUCGCUCGCAUCGAUAGCUAAGAUGAACGCCAAAUGUAAUGUUAUAGUAAUUAUUAUAUUAUGUAUUUUUCGUCAAUUUUGAAAUUACUUAGUGUACCAUAAUUAUGCUUAGUUUUAUGUUAGUUGUUUAGAUAUUAGUUUAGAUGGAAGUAUUUAUCAUAAGAAUCAUCACUGAAUGGUUUCAGAAUUCAUUUUAUGUUGCUAGAUUUUUACAGUACUUCUUUUUGCUUUUAAUUAUUGGCAAAGUCUAAUGUUUAUUUAUCCAAUCUUUUAUACCUCCUCGUAGAAUGAAUAGCUGGCUUAAUGUUAUAAAUAGGCAAAAUAUACUGUAAGACCCUGUAAAUUACAGGACUUUUCAGGGCUCUAAUAUUGUGCCUUAAUUUAAGUACAACUCCAGUAAUUAAGAUUAUUCCAUCUUACUCAAUUGUACCUUUCUAUUACUGAAAAAAAUAUAAAUACUUAUAAAGGGUUUUAAAAAAGAACAGUUUCUCGGUUAUUGUUGUUGUGCUAAAAUGUCAAUAUCUUGAGUUCUUUGACACUUAGGUACCCAUUUUUUUAAUGAAAAUUGGCACCUAACUACUGUACUUGUAAACUUAAUUUUAUUAUCUGCUUGUUACCUGACCAAAUCAUUUUGUUUUCACUUUGAUAUUUUUGCCUUGAAGUUUUCAGUUUUUUUUUUUUUAAUAUAUGUACUUAGAUGAUAAAUUGCAAAUUCUUAAUUAAUUUUAAAUAUUCGCAGUGAUCAUUAAGUAGGACUUAGAGUUAACUUAAACCAGUAGGAUAUUAUUUUAUCAAAGUCAUUAGUAAAUUGCUAGAAUAAUAUAAUAAUAGUAAGCGUACAAAAGUAUUAAGUAUGUUAAUUAUUUCAUAUUAUGUAUGUAUUAUUUUCUCGUGUCUAAAUGAAGACGGUGUAUUUUUAUUAGUUGUAAGCUGUUUCUUUUUUUAAAUAAACUCUUAUUAAUUUUA